AUGAUCGACAAUAAAGGCCCUUAUGCAACAAAAUUCCCUCAAAACCAGAGCUGGUCCAUAGACUAUUUCACCACCGAUGAUUGGAAAUCGAAGAGAAUCAUCAGAAAAUUCAUCAACUCUGCUAUCUACGUUGAAAAACCCAUGCUUGGUAUGCCACCCUUAAGGAAGAAAAGUCCGAUCUUUUUAAAUAGUGGUAGUGAUGGGGAAUAUACCUGUCGAACAUGUAGUAGUGAUGCAAACGAGACAACGAGAAUGGUUAGAGGUUCUAGCAUUUCGUUGAAUUCUUUCACACCUCAACCUGAGGAAAUUGUAAACACCAAGAAAUAUUCCCCGAAAUCCUCCGGAUCUUGUAGUACAAACUCGAGCAGCGACGCAGAAAGUCAAAUCACCGUAAAAUCUAUCAAACCCGAUGUACACUCCAUGGGUAGUGAAAUAAAACUUUCAUUGACCCCUUUAUCUACAGACAGGAAUAGUCAUAUUAACGUUAAAGAGAAGCAAGCAGUCAUAAAGCAAUGGUUGGAGAAAAAGGAUGAAGAACGGAAAAAAAGGAAGAUGGAAGAAGCAAGAAUCAAGGAAGCCAAAGAAAAAGAGAGACAACUACUAUUGGAAAAAGAGAGGGAGAACUUCAAAAAGUGGCUAACAGAGAAAAAGCAAGCUGAAGAAAGAAACAGGAAGCUUAAGGAACUGGAGGAAGAGAAGAAAAAAUUGAAAGAAGUAGAGAAAGAAAAGAGGAGAGCAGAGAAUGAGCUAUGUUUCAAUAAAUGGUUGAGAAGGAAAAAAAAGAUGGACUUAGAGAGAAAAAUUAAAGAUAAAUUGGCACUAAUUCAGUUAUAUGAACAGAAGCAGAAACGUAUUGAAGAUAAUGAGAAAGCUUUUGAAGAAUGGUUGAGAAAUUCUAAAAAUAAACCAAAGCCUAUUCCACUAAAUCAAGGAUUGCAAAGUUUGUGCUCUUCGACAUCAGUGACAUAUAUAAAUCCUGUACCUUGGAAUCCGAAUAUAGAAUUGCCCCAAAAACCAGUAUCUCAUUAA